AUGCUUGAGCUCGUUCAGCAAAGCCGCCGCCUUGACCUUCCUCGAUUCCUUGCAGGCAUUCGUGAUGAACAUGCAGUGAGACUAGCGGUAGGAGAAGUAACCAAUGUCCUUCUUGAUUUUUCGGCAGAUCGUAGACAUGUAACAGCCCAUGUCAGAAGUGAUCUUGGCGUAGCUCCGGCUUCCAUCAUUGUUGACUGUCUCCUUGACGGCGGCGACGAACUCGUCAGUCAUAACGGCCGAAGAACGAACGUUGUGGGCCUUUCGUUUGGCAGUAAACUCGUCCUUGUUCUCACACGCCUUCCACUUCCUCCAAAUAUCCAUGACCAUGGUCCUCUUGAACCUAAAUCAAGCCAUCACUUCAGCAGGCUUCUUCCCGACGCAAAAAAAGCUACUACAGCUGAUCUGCGCUCAUAUUCCAUCCUGGAAAAGGGUAGAGAGAAAAACGUUAGUUAA